GCAGGAGCAGAAAAGGGGGCGGGGGACUCGGCUUGUUGUGUUGCUGUCCCAGAACCUGAGCCAGUCUAGCUGCGGACAGAGCUUCUCCAGCCGCCCGACAAUGUCGUCUCAUUUACUGGAGCAGCCGCCGCCCCUGCACAACAACAACAACAACUGUGAAGAAGGAGAGCAGCCUUUGCCCCCGCCAGCCGGCCUCAACAGUUCCUGGGUGGAGCUCCCCAUGAACAGCAGCAAUGACAAUGAUAAUGGCAAUGGGAAAAAUGGGGGGCUGGAACACGUCCCUUCCUCAUCCUCUAUCCACAAUGGAGACAUGGAGAAGAUUCUUUUGGAUGCACAACAUGAAUCAGGACAGAGCAGUUCAAGAGGCAGUUCUCACUGUGACAGCCCUUCCCCACAAGAAGAUGGACAAAUUACAUUUGAUGUGGAAAUGCACACCAGCAGGGACCAUAGCUCUCAGUCAGAAGAAGAAGCUGUAGAAGGAGAGAAAGAAGUUGAUGCUUUGAAGAAAAGUGUAGACUGGGUGUCAGACUGGUCCAGUAGGCCUGAGAACAUUCCACCUAAGGAGUUCCACUUCCGGCACCCAAAACGGUCUGUUUCUUUAAGCAUGAGGAAAAGUGGAGCCAUGAAGAAGGGGGGUAUUUUCUCUGCGGAAUUUCUUAAGGUGUUCAUUCCAUCUCUUUUCCUGUCUCAUGUUUUGGCUUUGGGGCUAGGCAUCUAUAUUGGAAAACGACUGAGCUCACCUUCUGCCAGCACCUACUGAAGGAAAGAAGCCCCUGGGAAAGCGUGUGACCUGUGAAGUGGUGUAUUGUCACAGUAGUGUAUUUGAACUUGAGACCAUUGUAAGCAUGACCCGACCAACCUACAACCCUAUUUUUACAUAUCCAAGCUCCAGUAAUUCUCAAAUCCAGUAUUUUAUUCAAACUCCGUUGAGGCAUUUUACUAACCUCGUUCCCUUUUUGGCCUGUAAGACACUUUAGAAUUUCCUAACAGAGUUUACUGUUGUUUAGAAAUUUGCAAGGGCUUCUUUUCCGCAGAUGCCACCAGCAGAUAAUAAUUUUGUCAAUAAUGCUGUUGUCUCCUUUUAGUACCACCAGACUGAGACCUGAAUCAUUCAUGGUAUAGAUUUUACUCUUGCAAGAUGACUCCCGUCUCUCUCUAAAAACAAGAUCAGGUUGGCAGAUGAUAUAAAAGCUUUGUUGUUUUGUUUUUCAAGACAAAGGCAAGCUUCUCUAAGCUUGAACUUACUAGUUAUUAAAAAGAAAGAAAAACACACAAGACACAAGGAAAAAAAUAUCCUGGGCAAUAAAAAAUUAUUUUAAACCAGCUUUGGAGCCACUCUUUGUCUAAGCUCCUGAUGACACCUUUUUAUUCGUAGGAGGCGAUCUGUAUAGAUGACAGCUAUGAAAUGGAAUAGGAAAAAUACAUCAUGAUGUAUUCUAAAAUACAUCAGCAGAUUUUACUGUAUUUAGAAUACAUGAUGUAUUCUAAAAUACAUCAGCAGAUUUUACUACUAGUAUGUUGUAAUGCUGUCUUUUCUAUGGCGUAGAAUCUUUAUUUCUGAUAAGGAAUGUCUCAGGCCUAGACAUAUAUGAAAUUGCUUUUGGGAUUUUUGUGUGUGUGUUUGGUAUUUUUAUGUUUGUUAGUUGCAUGUGAAUUUUUCAUGACUUUCUUUACAUUUAAAAAAUUUUUCUUUUCUAAGAAGAGGCUUUGGAAUGAGGUCCAGUUUUUGGUGUAAAUACAGGCUCACUGUCUUAGGAAGCAUCACGUCUUCUCUGAAGCCUUUAAACUAAAGGUGAUUGUUUGAGUUAUUCCAAGCACUUGAGCAACUUGGAUAAACAGACUUGGUUUGUGGGAACAUUGGACACAGUUCUGAAAAGAUGCCAUCUGUUGUUUUCUGAUCUCCCCUUUUUUAAUGUUUACUGUGUGAUCUUUCUGAGGUGACCCUGCAAUCUGCAGGCACUUUCCGUUGCAGCCGUCUUUUCAGUUACUUCAAAUGCCUGAUGUUCCAGAGCCCUCAACAACUUCCUUCAAUGACAUGCUUUUUUUGUUUGUUUCUAAAAUGUGAAGCUUUAGGACCAAAUUGUUGGAAAGCAUCAGGAUUACCAGUUAUUUCAAGUAGAUUUAUUGGAUUUCAGAACUCACAGCAUGACUCUGAAGGAUACUAUUAUAUGUUUAUAUAUAAAUAAUUACUGUUUAUGAUAUAGACAUUACUAUUGAAUAUUUAGAGAACCAUUGUUAAUUUUAAAACUAGCAAUUUACUCAUUAAAUAAAGUGCAUCAGGUUGACUUGAAUAAAAACACUUGGACAACCAGGUUCACCGGUUUGCAGAAACUCUCUUUUCUCUCACAUCAAGUUUUGUAAAAUAUAUGUGUUAUAGUGGAAAAGAACAUACAGAUUAAACAAAAAUUAAUUUCUGACUUUUUUCAGGUAUAUAGCUGGCUAUCUUUAAGAAAAAGAUGUUAUAUACAAAAUAGUUUUCUGAAUUAUUUUACUUUGUUUUUCUUUCUAGCAAUGGAUGCUAAAUAAUUUUGGAGACAUUUUUAUUAUACUUUGUUUCUAUUUUAUUCUUAAACCUGGUAACACUUGAUUUGCCUUCUAUAACCUAUUUAUUUCAAGUGUUCAUGUUUAAAUUUCUUUGGAAAGAACAAAAAUCUGAUGGCUCACUGAUUUUUGCAAAGCCUGAGUAAAAUUUUAAAGGCUGGGCAGGUUAGGAGGGCUAAAUAAAUAAAUUGCUAUAAUACACAAUUUGUAUUACAAUUGGUAUCAUGGGAGGGGAAUGUAAAAUUAUUCUUAAAAUAAGAGCAACUUUUUACAGGCAACACAUUAGCCUCUGUUGAAAUUCAGUAGCAGUUCUAUCAGCAGUGUGAUUGAACUUGGGUCUGCUUAUUUUUUCCACAUUGAAAAUAAAUUUAGUUCUUCGCUUUUUCUUAAAAAUACUAGUGAAAUUUUGGACUGUUUAUUAUAGGAUCACACUAGAAGUUCUAAGAUGGGAUCCUGUGGGGUUGUGGUUGGCCCUACCAUACAUGAUGAAUGUCUGUGCUCUCCACCCAGGUGUGUGGUGAGCAGAAACAGAUUAUGUGAUUGGAAAGGAGAACCCAACAAUUAACUGUUGACAUUUUAAGAUUAAUGUUUAAAAAGCUUUACACCUGUUUACAAUUUGGAGUUAAAAAGGCUUCAUUUUUUUUCUGUUUGAUGAAAAUUGGCUUAAAAUAUUUAUAGUCAAGAGCAAAACUGCACACUUGCACACUGAAAAGUUCAACACGUUACCUUGAUUACAGUACAAAUAUUUACUGUCCUAAAAAAUGAAAAUUGAAGACUUAACCAGGCCGAUGAAUUUUUAAGUGAACCAGUUGUUGAAAUUAUUGGAAUUAACUGAGCCAAAGUGAUUAUGCAUUCUUCAUCUAUUUAGUUAGCACUUUGUAUCAUUAUAUACAGUUUACAAUACAUGUAUAACUUGUAGCUAUAAACAUUUUGUGCCAUUAAAGCUCUCACAAAACUCUA